AUGCCCGCGACACGAGACCUUAUUCCAUAUGCUGAGUACUCCUCGCCUGAUUUGUCCAAAAAACUAACGGUUGACGCCACGUUGACGCAUUCCACCAACGGCAAGACUACCGGUCCAAGUGACCAUGUGCUUGGUGCUGGCGCGGUCGACAACGACAAACCCUCUGAAGCCAAAAGCUCCAGGCUCGGGGCGUUGCGGGGGAUGUUGACAACUCUACAAGACGACGUGAACGAGUUUCUCACACAGAGAAUGAAGGACGCAGAUGCAGCCCACACUAGAGCAGAGGAAGAGGCCGAUUUGGAGAGGCGGGUUCUGGACGAUGGUGUUGAUGAGGAUGAUGAGGAUUGA